UUAAAUAAAGGUUUCUAGCAUUUAAAUGAAACAUGGCCGCCACGCCAGACGGAUGUGUUCAUUACGUUCGAAGCUGUUUGUUAAAAGCGCCCUGCUGUGGGAAGUUUUAUGUUUGCAGACUCUGUCAUGAUGGGGAAGAGAACCAUCAAAUGGACCGCUUUAAGGUCCGAGAGGUCAAAUGUGGAGCAUGCAAUACUAUUCAAGAGGCUCAACAGACAUGUAAAGAAUGUGCCGUGAAGUUUGGGGAGUAUUACUGUGACAUUUGCCAUCUGUUUGAUAAAGACAAGAAGCAGUACCACUGCCAGCCCUGCGGGAUAUGCAGAAUUGGCCCAAAAGAGAAAUACUUCCAUUGUACGAAGUGCAAUUUAUGUUUAGUCACUGAUCUUAAAGAUAAUCACAAGUGUGUU